GUUUCGGUCUUGAAGGGCAUCUUUCGGCUGACGUCCUUCAGGCAGAAUCAACUCGAAGCUAUCAACGCCACCCUCGAUGGCAAGGACGUCUUCGUCCUGAUGCCGACUGGUGGCGGGAAAAGUCUCUGCUACCAGCUUCCCGCAGUCUGCAAGACUGGUAGGACACAUGGAGUCACUUUUGUCAUAUCUCCACUUGUGGCGCUCAUCGCCGAUCAAGUGGCAUCCUUGCGGGAGAAGAACAUUAAUGUGGACUGCAUGUCGUCCCUCAGGACCGUGGAAGACUCGCGGGAUGUCAUGCGCCGCCUUCGCAGCCAGCUCAAACCGGACAUAUGUUAUAUCACUCCCGAAAAGCUGUGUGAGAGCAACGCCAUGCAAGACAUCCUAGCGCAACUUUAUGAAGACAAACAGAUUGCGCGCUUUGUCGUUGAUGAAGCGCAUGUCAUUCAGAGUUGGGGACGGGAUUUCCGUGACGCCUAUGCCGAACUCCACAUGCUGCGCGAGCGGUACAGUGAUGUACCCAUUAUGGCACUCACCGCAACCGCGAACAAAACCGCGAUCCAGGACAUUCGUACUCGGUUAGGUUUACGUGACCCCGUGUGCCUGGUUCAGUCGUUUAACCGCCCCAACCUGUACUACGCGGUGCAGCCGAAACCCGCCACGAAGAAGAAGGCGGUGCAAGCCAUUGCUGGCUUCAUUAAGUCACAGCAUGCCACUCAUACUGGUAUCGUAUACGGCUUCUCGAAGACAGAGUGCGAAGAACUGGCCGAGCAACUGCGGGAUGCUUAUGGGCUGUCUGCCAAACAUUACCACGCUGGUAUGGACGCGCAAGAGCGCAGCACCACGCAGGAAGAAUGGCAAAGCGGCAGGUGCAAGAUAAUUGUAGCAACGAUCGCGUUUGGGAUGGGAAUCGACAAGCCGGAUGUGCGCUUCGUGAUUCACUCAACGUUACCGAAGUCGAUGGAUGGCUAUUACCAGGAAACUGGACGUGCUGGACGCGACGGCAAUCCCGCAGACUGCAUCCUGUACUAUGCAUACAAGGACGCUGUGUCGCGACAGGGCUUGAUUACCAGCGACCGCAACGACAAAGGACCGCCUCGGACUCCGGAGGAGAAGAAGCGGCAACUAGAAGACCUUUCAGCUGUGGUACAAUACUGCCGCAAUGAAGUUGACUGCCGACGAUCGCUAAUUCUCGCUCAUUUCAACGAGCGUUUCGAUUCUCAUCUUUGUCCGAAGGGUUGCGAUAGCUGUUCGAGAGGUGGAACGAUUGUUCGCCAGCUGUACACCUUGGAGGCCCAACAGGCUAUUCGAUUAUACGAACAGAUGGCAGCUUCCAUGGAUAGGAUCGCCCUUGGACAUUUCAAAGACGUAUUCGCGGGUCGGAACAAGGCGAAGGUUCGUGAUAGUGGGCAUAACCAAUUGUCACUAUUUGGAGUGGGCAAGAACGUAGAUGGAGAACGUAUCAUAAGCACGAUGAUGGGCGCUAACAUUCUUGCGAUUUCACGAGAGGCCUCUGCGUCUGGCUGGACCAAUGAUUACUUGAAGGUAAUUACGGCCUCGUCUUCGUUUUGUUGGUGA